GCAAUGGAGGCGCCUCCCCUCUCCCUGCAGCUGCUGCUGGCGGCGGCGGUGCUGCUCGCCGUCGUCUCCUCCCCUUUCACCGCCGCCCUCCUCUCCCCCAAGGGAGUCAACAACGAAGUGCAAGCGCUGAUUGGGAUCAAGAGCCUCCUCAAGGACCCGCACGGCGUGCUCAGGAACUGGGACCAGGACUCCGUCGACCCCUGCAGCUUCGCCAUGGUCACCUGCUCCACAGACAACUUCGUCACCGGACUGGAGGCGCCGAGCCAGAACCUCUCCGGCAUCCUCGCCCCGACCAUAGGGAACCUCACCAGCCUGGAGACCGUCCUCCUGCAGAACAACGUCAUAACCGGGCCAAUCCCGGCCGAGAUCGGCAACCUUGCAAGUCUCAAGACACUUGACCUCUCCAGCAACAGAUUCUACGGGGAAAUCCCGGCAUCCGUGGGCCACCUCCAAAGCCUCCAGUACCUGAGGCUCAAUAACAACACCCUGUCCGGGCCAUUCCCUUCAGCAUCAGCUAAUCUGUCGCAACUUAUUUUCCUAGAUUUGUCAUACAAUAAUCUAAGUGGCCCAGUACCAGGAUCUUUGGCAAGAACAUACAACAUAGUUGGAAACCCUCUCAUAUGUGAUGCAAACAUGGAGAAAGACUGCUACGGGACCGCGCCGAUGCCAAUUUCCUACAACCUCAAUGGUUCGCAAGGCGCUCCGCCGACGAAGACUAAAAGCCACAAGUUUGCGGUCGCGUUUGGUGUUGUCACUGGUUGCAUGACCUUCCUCUUCCUUGCUGCUGGGUUCUUGUUCUGGUGGAGACAGCGUCGGAACCGGCAGAUCCUUUUCGACAUGGAUGAUCAACACAUGGAGAACGUUAGCCUUGGGAACGCCAAGAGGUUUCAGUUCAAGGAGCUGCAGGUUGCAACCGACAAAUUCAGUAGCAAGAACAUACUUGGAAAAGGCGGCUUCGGACAUGUGUACAUGGGGCAGCUCCCCGAUGGAACGCUUGUGGCUGUCAAACGGCUCAAGGACGGUAAUGCUGCGGGCGGCGAGUUGCAGUUCAAGACCGAAGUUGAAAUGAUCAGCUUGGCGGUGCACCGGAACCUCCUCCGGGUCCUCGGGUUCUGCAUGACUGCCACUGAGAGGCUACUAGUCUACCCAUACAUGUCAAAUGGAAGCGUCGCUUCGCGCUUGAAAGGAAAGCCACCUUUGGACUGGAUCACCAGGAAGAGGAUAGCCCUUGGAGCAGCAAGAGGUCUACUUUACCUUCAUGAACAGUGUGACCCCAAGAUCAUCCACAGGGACGUCAAGGCGGCCAACGUCUUGCUGGACGACUGCUGUGAGGCCAUCGUCGGGGAUUUCGGGCUUGCAAAGCUCCUUGAUCAUCAGGACUCACACGUCACCACUGCGGUGCGGGGCACCGUUGGACACAUCGCGCCUGAGUACCUCUCCACUGGGCAGUCGUCUGAGAAAACGGACGUCUUUGGCUUUGGUAUCCUGCUGCUGGAGCUGAUCACCGGCCAGACGGCAGUGGAGUUCGGCAAGGCAUCAAAUCAGAAGGGUGCCAUGCUGGACUGGGUAAUUAACUUCUGCAAUCUACUUGAACAAAACUACUGCAAAAUUUUACCUUUGUUGCAAAAUAACUUGAGCAAAGCUAAUGGAAUGACAACAUUGUUUAAUGAUCAGGUGAAGAAGAUGCACCAGGAGAAGAAACUUGAUGUUCUGGUUGACAAGGGCUUGAGGAGCAGCUACGACCGGAUUGAGCUUCAGGAGAUGGUGCAGGUGGCGCUCCUGUGCACCCAGUACCUCCCAGGCCACCGACCAAAGAUGUCAGAGGUAGUCCGCAUGCUGGAAGGCGACGGGCUCGCAGAGCGGUGGCAGGCGUCACAGCGGGCUGACUCCCACAAGUUCACAGUACCUGAAUUCACCUUCAGCCGCUGCUACUCUGACCUAACCGACGACUCGUCGAUGCUGGUGCAGGCUGUCGAGCUCUCUGGACCAAGAUGACAUGAUAACCAGGUGACAUCACAAUUUGAGAACACCAGCAGCAGUCCUUGUACAGCAUAAGAAAUCCUAUAUAGAUUUGGAAAGCAAUCCAUACUGAAGUAAAGUAUAAAUAGUGAUGUAUGUACCUUAGAUUAAUUGUACACAGGAGAGAGCACACUCCUUGUGACGGUAUUAACCUAUUAAUAGUACAGAUAGUAGCUAAAACAAUAAGAUUAGUAGUUAUAGCUUGUAAAAAUAAGCUUCUCUUGAAGAUGUAAAGUUUUGAUUAGCUUGGCUUGUAUAUUCUUUUCCUUUUUGCUACUUUUGUUGCAACAUUUUCAGAAUGAAAGAGGUGCUGAAAUGUUAUCAAAAUCC